AUGAACGUCGAAAAGCUUAUUACUUUGGUUAACCUGAUUCUGGGGAUCGUAUUUUUGAGCAGUGUUCGUGGAGAGAAAGAAGUUUAUAUGACGAAAAUUGAAUGCCUGAAUUAUAUGCCAGAAUUGGUGAGAAACGUAAGCUGCUAUUUAAAUGAAACCCACCGCACUGGUUCAAUAAAUGCAGAGUUCAUAUUGACCCAAGAUGUUGAGGACAUGAAGGGCAUUUACAUUUUGACAUUAAAAAGAGGCUCAUACGUGACGAAUUUUACUUCCUUACAUCUAGACUAUUGUCAGAUGCUGUCAAGUGUUGAAAAACAUUUUAUAUUAAGAAUGGUUACUAAGCAGCUUCGCGAAACCGCCAAUUUUCCUCUACAAUGUCCGUUAAAAAUGAAUACGCGGUAUUAUACAAAUGGAUUUACAAUCAAUUCGAAAUAUAUACCCAGCUAUAUGCCGGAAACGAACUUCAUUUCGGACGCCCAUUUAAGGGUUAAGGAUCGCAAAGCUUUUCGGUUGCUUGUUAAGGGUCGCUUUUCCAGAAGACUUCCGCGAAAUUAUAUUAAAACCAAAUAA